GUUAAACGAAAUACCAAUGUAAAGAAAAUUAUAACUGCGGAGCAGCAUGUGCACGGAGAGCGGGAGAGGUUAAGAUCGUCCUGGAAGAAAUAUGUGGGAUUCAAGGGAUUUUUGUAUAUUAAACAUUAAAUUUUCUCGCAUGUGCAUGAUUAUACCAUUCUUUAGUUGAUGUUCGGUAAAUCCCUACUCGGGAGUAAAAAAAAUAAAAAUGUUGCAAACCGGACGACGAGUCUUGCCUCUUUAUACGGUUUCUGUGUUUGCUCUUGGUUCAAAAAUACAGAAAUGCGUCCCUCGUAUCGCCAAUUGUAGAUUUUAUCGUGGAAGGAAGGACGAUAUUAAUGCGUCUUCACUCUUCAUUCCUGUGCCAGUGAAGCCGAACCCUGACGAUGCUGACAUUGGCGCAGAAUUGACAGGGAAAUUGGAUAAAGCAGAGUUGCUCAAAGUACUGAAUAAGUUCUUCCAAAGUAAACAGAUAAAAUCUGUUUCCCUUGAAAACGGCUUGGACAAUCAUCUCUUGCAUCAAGCAUGUACAAGUUUCCGGCGAUAUUGUCUUGAGGCUGAGUCAUUACCUGUUGAUCUGCAUGUUGUUAUCAGCGACAUAAUCCAUGGUGCAGGACAUGCUGAUGACAUUUUUCCAUACUUCAUUCGCCAUGCAAGGCAGAUGUUUCCACAUCUUGAAUGCAUGGAUGACUUAAAGAAAAUAAGUGAUCUUCGUUCCCCUGCUAAUUGGUAUCCAGGAGCACGAGCACGUACAAGGAAAGUAAUAUUUCAUGCAGGGCCUACGAACAGUGGAAAAACAUAUCAUGCUUUGCAACGUUUUCUUUCUGCUAAAUCAGGAGUAUAUUGUGGCCCAUUGAAACUUUUAGCAACAGAAGUUUUUAAUAAGGCAAAUGCCAGUGGAACUCCUUGUGAUUUAGUAACCGGUGAAGAAAAAAGAUAUGCAAAUCCUGAUGGAAAUCCUAGCAAUCAUGUAGCAUGUACAGUCGAAAUGACAUCUUUAAAUAUGCCAUAUGAGGUUGCUGUAAUUGAUGAAAUACAAAUGAUGCAUGACAUUGGGCGGGGUUGGGCUUGGACAAGAGCAUUACUUGGUGUAAUGGCAGAAGAAAUCCAUGUGUGUGGAGAGGAAGGUGCAGUGGAUUUGGUUCAUUCUCUUAUGAGUACAACUGGUGAAGAUGUUGAGGUCCAUAAAUAUAAGCGACUCACAGAACUUAUUGUUGAGAACUCUGCCCUUGGUUCUUUGGAUGCUGUACAACCUGGUGACUGCAUUGUAUGCUUCAGUAAGAAUGACAUUUAUACGGUGUCACGAGGAAUAGAGGCUCGUGGAAAAGAAGUAGCUGUGAUUUAUGGUGGUUUACCUCCUGGCACUAAAUUAGCUCAAGCUCAGAAGUUUAAUGAUGUGAUGAAUUCAUGCAAUAUUUUGGUAGCUACAGAUGCUAUUGGAAUGGGUUUGAACCUCAGCAUUCGACGUGUUAUAUUUUACUCCCUCAUUAAACCAGUUGUUAAUGAGAAAGGAGAAAAAGAAAUGGAUGUAAUAUCAGUUUCACAAGCCCUUCAGAUAGCUGGGAGAGCAGGUCGCUUUGGAACUCAGUAUGAAACUGGUUACGUGACAACUUUUAAGCCAGAAGACCUUUACACACUGAAAAAUCUCCUUGCACAAACACCUGAGCCCAUAUCUGUUGCUGGUUUACACCCUACUGCUGAACAGAUUGAAUUGUAUGCAUACCAUCUUCCUAACUCUAGCUUGUCAAAUUUAAUGGAUAUAUUUGUAACUUUGUCCACAGUGGAUGAUUCACUUUAUUUUAUGUGUAAUGUUGAAGAUUUUAAAUUCUUAGCAGAAAUGAUUCAACAUGUUCCUUUGCCAUUACGUGCUCGUUAUGUGUUCUGUUGUGCUCCUAUCAAUAAAAAAAUGCCUUUUGUAUGUACUAUGUUCUUGAAAUUUGUUCGUCAAUAUAGUAAGAACGAUGCAUUGACUUUUGACUGGCUAAAAAGAAAUAUUGGCUGGCCGUUAGAUAUUCCUCAAACCAUAAUCGAUCUGGUUCAUUUAGAAGCUGUUUUUGAUGUAUUGGACCUGUAUUUGUGGUUGAGUUAUCGCUUCAUGGAUCUGUUUCCUGAUGCGGAUCUUGUUCGAGAGAUGCAACAAGAGCUGGACUCGAUCAUUCAGCAAGGAGUAUUUCAACUUACUCGUCUUCUUAAGAACUCAGAAACAGGACACAGCAGCAGCUCAGUUGCUGAUACAGACGAUGCUCUAACAGAUAUUGAUUCCAAAGCAUCUCGUCCAAGAGGACCCAGCCCUUCCUUUGGACAUGGCAAGCUGACUGAGCGCUUGAUAGCAGAGGGGUUAUUGACACCAGGUAUGCUGAAUGAGCUGCGUCGAGAAUGGAAGCAGGGGAAAAACAUGGCUGCCGACGAGAAAGGAAAGAGUAGAAAAGGAAGGAAACGUAAAUGAUGUUAUUUCUAAAAUUAUUUGUAAAAUUGUACAUAUUUUUUAUAAUUAAAGAAAUUCUUAGAAUUUCAAUAGAAUGUGUUUAUUGUUUAUUCUAUGAAAUAUACAGUCAUGAAAUGAAAUGGAA